AUGCUUGAUAUCUUCGGAUCGAGUGAUUAUUCCGAUGAGUCAUCGCCUCACGCAAGUCCAUCCAACGAUAGGACGCGUGGGGGUGGUGGUGGUGCUCCUAUACAUCACCACGAGCGAAGUGACUCAAGGGAUUGGGGUAACGCUAGUGCCAGUGCUCAUGCUGGCACCAAUCAAGAGGCCAGAGACCGAAAUGUCCUGCGCCGCGCUUCUCAAGUGAAGUCUCCGUGGAUGCCGCCAUCCAGAGAGUUGGACUGGUUGUCCGGAACGACUACCGAUCGAGAUCGAAUCUCUUUGUUCGAUUGCAGGAAGAUUUGGCCAUCUGAUUCCAGCACGGAGACUAUCCGUGCUGAGAAUGGGUUCUUCACCGAUGCGUUCUUCGAACAUCGGUGGUACAAUGGUAGCUGUUUUAGGGACGGCAAAUCCUUGGUGCAGGGAUGGAAUGCACCCAUCCACAACAUCGAGUGCAUUGGCCGUGAGGCCUGGCUCACCAAACUUGAUGCAGCUCGCAUCAGGUUUGAUAAACGCAACCCCGUCGGGGCGCGAUACAAGUUGCACCGGAUUUCAAGAGAGGCAGGAUUACCCUGUCUCUCGUGGGCUGAUUCGUGUCCAGGAUGCAUGGACGACUCGAAGCGAGCCCCUAGGGAGGCCUAA